AUGUACGGCUUCAAGGUUCUCGUCGCUGCCACGUUCGCCUGCGUCGUCGCCGCUCACGAUUCUCCUUAUGACACCGCCUGUGUCGCCCCAGUCACCGUGACUGUCACCGAGACCGUGUGCGGCGCGCCUGGUGUGCCUGUCCACACCCCGCCGGUGGCUCCCUCUUACGAGGCGCCUCCUUCUCCUGCUCCUCCGGUCACUUCGGUCGAGUUUACUGCGACUGCUCCUCUGAGCGGCCCUCCGUCCGAGCCUGCCACCGUCGUCCCGCCUGCUCCACCCGUGGAGACUGGUGUCUCGUCUGUUGGCGUCCCUCCUGUCGUUCCCUCCUCUGACGUGGUCCCUUCGUCUGGUGUGGCUCCCUCGUCCGGCAUCGAGUCCUCCACUGCGUCCGUCCCUGGUACGACUACGGCGCCCUCUUCCACGGCUGCCGUCACUCGUCCCUCAUCAACUAGCAGCACCCCCGAGACCGUCUCAACUGCUGGGGCUGUCCUUCCCACUCCCUACCUCGGUCUGGGUUCGCUGCUCGCUGCUGGCGCUAUUCUCAACGCCGCUAUGGCUGUCAUUGUCUAG